AUGAUCCGAAAGCAGUUUUCUACGGUGCCAUUCAGACUAAGGUCCCUCAAGUCGAAACCAAAAAUCCGAUCCGAUAAGCACUACAAACCACCAGGGCCCAAAAAAUCGCCCCCAGCAGUAGACGUUCUAGAGCUAAGCUCACCAACCCCAGUUCCAGCAUCAAAAUUACUAUCCGAUCUUUACCAAAAUGAUCCGUCCAUCGCAGCCAAACUGCAUCCCAUAGACAUUUCACAUCCAUGGAGACAUUUUCCGAAUGCUCGCAAACUCAGACGUAAAGUUAUUUUGCAUAUUGGACCUACAAAUUCGGGCAAGAGUUAUGCAGCACUCAAGGCAUUUCGUGCAGCCAAAUCAGGGUUCUACGCCGGGCCCCUGCGAAUGUUAGCUCGCGAGAUUUAUGAUCGACUGGAGAAUGAAAAUGUGCCCUGUAACUUGUUGACGGGGGACGAGGUUUUAGAAAAGUAUGAUCCGGUCACUGGCGAAAGAGCUCGGCUGAGUGCAGGAACCGUGGAAAUGGUUGAUCUCAGCCAGGACUUUGAGGUGGCAGUUAUCGAUGAAAUCCAGAUGAUUGAUGAUCCCGAUAGGGGGUGGGCCUGGACAAAAGCAGUACUUGGUGUUCGGGCCAACGAGCUUCAUCUGUGCGGAGAUGCUAAUAGUGAGAAAGUUAUCCGCACUUUAAUGGCCCAGACAGGUGACGACUUGGAGGUACGCAAGUACCAGCGUCUAUCACCGCUAAAGAUCGAUGAAAGACAGCUGUCGCCUGCCAAACUGAUCGGGAUGCUGCGGCCAGGUGACUGUGUCGUAUGCUUCUCCAAAAAGCAGGUCAAAGAAAUGCGGGACCGGAUUGUCAAGCAGAGGAAACAAAAAUGUGCUAUUAUCUAUGGCUCCCUGCCCCCUGAAACCCGAGCUGAACAGGCAAAACUCUUCAAUAAUCCAGAAAGCCCAGUCAAGUUUCUUGUUGCAUCGGACGCUAUUGGAAUGGGCCUGAACCUUGCUAUUAGAAGAAUUAUCUUCACCUCACUCAAGAAAUUCAAUGGUGAAGAAAUGGUCCCACUUCCAGUACCACAGAUCAAGCAGAUCGCCGGACGCGCUGGCCGAUUCAAGCUCGCAGAUAAAUCAGAGGGCGCUGGAACCGGUUUGGUAAAUGCGCUGAGCCUCGAGGCCAAAGAAACAAUCAGAGAAGCACUCAAAGCACCAUCUCCGGAAAUCCAACAUGCGGUUAUCCAACCACCAAACCGGGUUAUCAUGGCAUCGUCGGUAGACAAAGCCAGCAUGUUUAGCCACACCCUGCAAAGCGUAUACCAAAGUGCACUCGUGCAAGUCCCUUAUAUCCGCCCUCGAGACAACAGUGCUGUCCACGUUGCUCAACUGUACGACCACGUGUUUGGCCUCACGUUUGAGGAUAAACUCGCACUGGCUAACGCCCCGGUUUCAACCACUCCUGAAUGCCAGGCAGCGUUUAUUCGCUAUUGUGAAGUAAUUGGAUCUGGUCGAGUCGCCAACGUUGUGGACGUGAAUCGUGACAUUGCCGACCUCGCUAAUCGCACAAUCCCCACCAUCAAGCUUGAAAAUAUUCACAAAGCUAUCACGUUGUUCCUAUGGCUGUCAUACAGAUUUCCGUGUAACUUUAUUGAUCGUGAAGGCGCCACCGACUUGAAAGAACUCUGCGAACGUCGACUAAACGCAAAUCUUGCUUCUUCAAAAGCACUCGAGCGACCACAAACCCGUCGGAGAUGA